AUGCACCACCGUAAUCCUCGCUUACGCCUCCAUGGCCUGCUUCAACUCCAUGGCCUGCUUCACCUCCAUGGCCUGCUUCAACUCCAUGACCUGCCGCGUAUCCAUCCAUUCGUGUCGUUGCUCCUAGAUCUGAGCUCGCCGCCUUCGCGCCAGCUCGGUAUCGUUGGCGUUCCAAGCUCCGACUUCAUCUACAACUAUACCUAUGCGUAUCGCAACUCGACCCGCUGGGCGAUUACCUUUGACCAGAUCGGUGCUGCGCCCAGCAUCAACGUCCGCUACCAGAUUUGGUUCAACGGCACAGUUACCGCCAACGGCUCCGAUAUUUUUGGGCGGGAUCUGCUUUCUGUCAUGCGGGGCAUCGACGAGACGCUGGUCUCUGUCCUCAACGACCCGUCCGGUGCAACCCCUGCCACCAUGGAUGUCAGCCUCAAAGACUGGCCCGUCAGCCCCCCGAAAGUCGUCUCGGACACCAUCGUCCAGCAGCUCGGGCCCGUCUUUUUCUUCUGCUCGGAAAUGAUCAUCUUCAUCACUGUGCUCAACCAAGUCGUGACCGAGAAGGAGCAGAAGCUUCGCCACGGCAUGGAAAUGAUGGGUCUCAGGCCCACUGUCUAUUGGCUCAGCCAGUUCAUCUCAAACACGGCACUUGUCAUCAUCAACUCGAUCGUCGUAUCGUUGAUGGGAAUUGCCCUUCAGUUCAAGGCCUUUACCCAAACAGACUUUGGUGUUCUGUUUGUGACAUUCUUCCUCUUUGGCGAGGGCAUGAUCAUGAUGGCGUUUUUCCUGACAACGCUCGUCCGCCGGUCGAACGUGGCGGUCCUGCUCGGCAUCUUCAUCUUUGUCAUUGGCUUGAUCUUUGAGAGCUUUGUGUUCUCUUCGGGUCAGCUUGGCUACAUCUGGUGGGCCCCGACGACAGCGCAGGCUGGAUGGCUCGUCUUGAUGUUCAUCCCGUUCUUCAACUUUGGACACAUGUUCUUGGACAUUACCACCCUGACCACGGGCACAAAGGACCCUUACACACAGAACUUUAUCCCUGGCCCAGGAUUUCCUUGGAGCCAGCUCUACAACUACUUCCCAUCCGAGCUCGUUCCCCAGGGCACAGCGCCAACAGACCUGCCUUACCCCGUUCAGGCGUGGUACUUUUUGAUCAUGAACUGCGCCUUCUAUGGCCUGUUGCUGUGGUACUUUGACAAUGUCAUCCCCAACGAGUUUGGCGCCUGCCAUCCGCCGUGGUUCUUCUUGACCCCCAAGUACUGGGGCUUCUCGUCCUCCAAGAAGUCCAAGAACGAGCUCGACUGGCUCAAGUCAGUGGAGGCCUACCGGGACAUGAUUCCCAUCGAUGCCGAUGAAGACGACGAUGUCCGCCGGGAGCGUGAGCGCGGCAUAUCUAAUGACUACUUCCCAGCCGUCAAGAUCGUGGGCCUUCGCAAAGUGUAUCGAAACAACGCUUUCUCAAAGUCCAAGCUCGACAAGGUUGCCGUCAAGAACACAAGCAUGACCUUUGAGGAGGGCAAGCUCACCGCGCUUCUGGGGCAGAAUGGCGCCGGAAAGUCGACAACGAUGAACAUCCUUUCUGGACUCACCCCGGCUUCUUCGGGCGAUGCUUUGAUGUACGGCUUCUCGUGCCGACACGAGAUGAACCAAAUCCGACAGAUCAUGGGCAUUUGCCCACAGCACGACAUCCUCUUUGAUGACCUGACCGCCCACGAGCACUUGGAGCUGUACGCUGGCUUGAAGGGCAUUCCGCACUCCGAGAUUGCAGCCCUGAUGGAGGAGCGCCUCAAAGCCGUCAAGCUCUGGACGGUGCGAAACGUUCGUGCCGGCACCUACUCCGGAGGCAUGAAGCGACGACUGUCCCUCGUUAUUUCGACCAUCGGUGAUCCCAAGAUUAUUCUCAUGGACGAGCCGACCACCGGUAUGGAUCCUGUCAACCGCCGCCAUGUUUGGGGCUUCAUCGAAAAGUUCAAGGAGAACAGAGUCAUCAUCCUGACCACCCACAGUAUGGAGGAAGCCGAUGUGCUCGGAGACCGCAUUGCCAUCAUGGCCCACGGUAGACUGCGGGCUCUCGGAAACUCGAUCGCCCUCAAGAACAAGUAUGGCGCCGGAUACCGUAUCUCAAUCAUGGUCGACUCGAACAACGUCGCCACGGUCAAGGAACAGGUCCAGAGUCGCAUCGCCGACGCCAUCCUCGAGGACGACUCGGCCGGUGCCCUGAUCUACCAGUUCCCGAUCGCCUCGACUCCAGCCAUUCCCGAUUUUGUCAAGUGGAUCGAGGCCAACGUGGAAACAAAGGUCAUCAAGGGAUGGGGCAUCAGCCAGACCACGCUCGAGGAAGUCUUCUUGAAGCUGAUCCGCGAUGCCAACCCUCAGGGGUACUCUGGCUACGAGGCUGCGCGAUAG